GGCUAACUUAGUGAAGCUCAGACCAGGCGCAGUGAUUUCGACCUCACACAAAACUCUACGAAAGGUGACCCUUAUUAAUGGAAAUAAUGUUAAAGCUGCUGGUGGUACUUACAACAUCAACAUGCUUAUUUUCGACUGUUAAUUCCGGAGUACCAAUCGCUACUGGCGGCCCAUCGCUAAUCUACGAAGGUAAAGACGCGCUGCUCACAUGUGUUGUAUCAGAGAACCGAGCCAAUCACACAGUGAUAUGGAAGAAAUCCGACGAAAUACUCACAGCCGGUAUGGUGAGAGUGACGAGCGACACACGCAUCAGCGUGUUGCAUGAUGAGAGUGAGUGGAAAAGGGAUCCCAAAGGUCUUGAGUCUGGUGGGGAGGUAUGGGUGUUGCUUGUCAAGCGACUUACCACCGAGGACUCGGGUAGUUAUAUUUGCGAGCUAAAUUCAGAACCGGUCUUGCGUAGUAUACACAUACUAAACGUCAAGCAGCUACCCUCUAAUGGCGGCAACAUCACUACCACUACAGAGUCGAGUGAUGUGUACCUCGUGCCGCCACCGUUCGAUGCCACCGACAAUCGCUCGUUUUGGCGUGCGCCCACGGUCGCGCCGCAGAUCACCCACGACUUCACUGAGUGCUGUGAGCGCGCCAAUAUCAGCGCCGAAUGCAUGGGCUUCUGCAAUGUGCACAACAUCAUAGACGGCACGACAGGCAUCGAGCCGGAGGCCUGUGAGAAGGACUUCCCUAACAUCGUACGCUGCAUGGCCGAUGGUCGCAAUCACGUGCCUUGCUGUGUAGAUAAACAAAUACCUGAUCUGUGUCAAGAUAUGUGUCGCGGUGAGUAUACACCUUUCACGGAUUUGCUGAAGACGCGCGUCUCCUGUGUGCACCACACGCUAAGCGGACUUCAGUGCAUACUACAGGGUGUGCAGAAUAUACCCAGCACACCAACGGGCGUCACAGUCGAUCAUGUCUCAGAGACGCGUGUCACCGUGCAUUGGUACGAACCGGAAAAGUUGGCGCAUAAGGUUAAAUUUUACAGUGUCAAUCUAACAGCGCUGCAUAGCUUCGAUGAGGACGAAGUGUCCAAUGUGUAUGCGUGGAAGAAGCGCCCAAUCGAGCAGACUAUCAUACGCACCGUGCCCGUAAAUCAGACCUCACUUAGCUUGCAGGAUCUCACGCCGCUCACAAUGUACGCAAUCGUGGUGACGGCGCACAACGAAUAUGGCUCGAGUUUGCCCAGCGAACGUUUGCGUGUUUUCACGCACACAAGUGAGAUACUUACACCCAUGCCUAGUGAUGAUGCAGAAGCAUCGGCUUCGGUGGAAUCCGUCAUGCCAGACUUACCCAAUAUACGCAGUUGUUGUGAGACAAAUGGCAUGACGCAUCGCAUGUGUCUGGAUAAAAUGUGCGAUCCACAGAAGACCGAUCUCGCUACGCUACCCGAUUUUAUGGUUUGCGCGCCUUGGUCCAACAUCACUUUCACUUGUCUGGCCAAUAAGAUGGAUCACACACCCUGUUGUCGAGCGCGUGGCAUACCGGCGGUCUGCUUUCCGCUUUGCUCGGGCAAGAUCUCAACGUUGGACUUUAGUCUUUUCAAGUGCCUGCGGUUCAUGUCCGAGUACAGCAGCUGUCUGUUCCAGGGUUACGGCGUGCUGGCAGAUCCACCUUCGAUAAUACGCACGGUAGCUAAGGCGGAUAGUUUCAUCAUUUUAGACUGGAACAAACCAAACCGGUUGGCUGAAACUAUAAGUACCUACCAUGUGAAGUUUAGGCGGCUGGGAGAAGGCGACGACUAUCUGACAGUAGUGAAGAAAAACCCACCACUCAUACUGGAAGGUCUCGAACCCGAAGUCUAUUACGAAUUCUAUGUAGUCUCAGUGAACCAAUAUGGUAAGAGUGAACCUUCGCCACGGCUCAUCACACGCACGCAGCCCGCUGAAGCGGUGGAUGAGCCAGAACCGCGCUACAAUAUGACAAAAUGCUGUCAGGCUUCCGGUCUGUUGCCACAAUGCGCGCCACUCUGCUCGUACAAUAUAAAAUUGUCGGAUAUUGAAAAACUUGGACCGGCGUGUAGAGCGCAAAUGCCUGUCAUUGUACGCUGUGCCGCCGGCGGACGCGACCAUACGCCCUGCUGUCAGCGUCGCGGCGUACCCACUGCUUGCAUGUCCAUCUGUCGCGGCGUCAUGCCGCUUGCCGCCAAUGGUGGUGGCAGCAAUAGUGGCGCCUUGAGUGGCAGCAGUUAUAGCGGCAACAACGGUACGACCUCCAGUGAUUGUUUAUCUUAUGCGGGCAAUAUCUUGCAGUGCAUCGAAGAGGGCACCGAAAGCAUACCCGGCCCUGCUGAAGAUGUCCACGCCACGGCAGUAACAAACACAACCAUCAAUCUGACCUGGCGGCAACCAGGCUACGAGGCAAGCGCCUCUACAUCCACCGCACCCGCAGCCGCAUCAUCACCAGCACCAGUCAAUGAAGAAGAUUCCUAUAGCAGCGCGAAUAAUGGCGACAGCAGCAAAUCCUCCACCACUAAUGACAUUGCCACGGCCAGCGAUGCGUCCACUGCUGCUGCUACCACAGCUGAUGAUGAUAUCGAUUUUAUCGUGCAAUAUGGCAAAGUCAAUAACAUGACCCUCUAUGAGACGGUGGCAAAACUGGAAAAUGAAUUGACCACAAACGAGACCGGCAUUGUACUGACAAAUUUGGAGCCGCACGCAUUGUAUCGCAUUACGGUGGUGACGCGCGGACGCUAUGGCACAGCUUUGCCAUCUUCGAUGUUGCUGAUCAAUACGACUGAUGAUGAGAAUGCUAAAUUCAGCAAUAAUACCUUUGGUGCGCCCUCACCGCCACAUUCGCUGUCGAUUACAUCACACAGCGCAACCUGGAUGCAAUUGACAUGGCAGCCACCAGAGUAUUCACAUCCGCAUGAGAAGAUUAGCUACAGAGUCUACCACAAACCAAUGAAAUCGGAGAAAUUUGUUAAAAUCGAAACCAAAGUAGCAUGGCUGCGCAUGAGCAACCUGAAACCCAGUUCCCAGCAUAUCCUCUACGUCGAAGCUGUAGGUGAGCACGCUAUAUCGCUGCCUUCCGAGACGCUCGUGGCAUGGACCGAUCCCGCACUACCAGCUUUUGUGGAUCCACCCACUGUACACCCAGCUGACAAUAUACCCGAAGGCGGUUCGAUGACUAUACUCUGUCUGGCUCUGGGUAAUCCAGCGCCCACAAUUUCACUCUACGUCGGCGGACAUUUGGUGCGACAGGACACUUCAAGGCACAUGGUCACAGUGAUACACAACGUCAGCGCCGAUAUGGAGCAUAUUUCCUGCUAUGCAGACAAUGGUUAUGGUGUGCCAAUGCAGGCCGCUAGGCGCGUGAAUAUUUGCUAUGCACCAAAAAUUACCGCCGCUGGCAUCACCGUCGCUUCUUUGGGCGAUGAGGUCGAGCUGCGUUGCACAGUCGAUGCGAAACCUACACCAAAGACAAUCUUUUGGCGUGAUCAUGAUGGCCGCGUACCCGUUAUACAGGGUGGUCACUUUGAUAUCUCCACCAAAAUGAACGAAUCCCAUCCCAAUUUGUACACCAUGUCACUGCGUAUCAACAAAAUGCAGGCGAACGAUGUUGGCGAUUACUUUUGCCAUGCUGAGAAUGCUUUCGGUUCCUCUACGACGCCUGUUUCGGUGCGCAUACGCACUACGCCGGCAUUUGGACGCAAUGUCUCUGAGUGUUGUCGCCAAAUGAAUGUCUCGCUGGCCUGCCGUGCCGCUUGCAGUUAUUAUGUGGACAUAGAAGCGAUCGCCGAUAAACCGGAAUGUAUUGUGGACUUUGAUAAGUUGAUGAAAUGUGCGGCUGAUGGUUCGGAUCAUCGUAGCUGCUGCGCGGAUGCAAAUGUUCCGCGGAAGUGUUUGAACUGGUGUCGUGGCGAUGCGGUGCGAUCGAAGGAGGUUUGUAGCUUGCAAUAUGCGCGUACGAUCGUCGGCUGUUUUGAAACGAAUAGAGAAAAGCUGCCAGGACCGCCAGAGAAUAUUGCAGUUAGUGUGGUGUCCGAUAGUAAAGUGAUGAUUAGAUGGGAUCCACCACAAAAGAACCCCAACGUCGUUGAAGGCUAUCGAAUAUUUUAUCAUGAGGCAGCCAUUCUCGCACCCGACUCCAGCGAGUCCAGCGGUGAUGGCCUUGGCUACAAUGUUACGAGCAUACAAAAUACAACCGAAAUAAGACGUCUCGAUGUAAAGGAUACCACAGUAAAUAUUGAGGGACUGAAAAGGGAUGUACUCUAUGAACUGGUAGUGAAAGCUGGCAAUUCUUUUGGUGCCAGCGUUCUUACCGAACCAGUUAAAUUUACUUUGGGCGAUCAUCAUGUCACCUCGGCGACAACAUAUUCGAAUGCUGUUGGCACAAUCAGCGGCAUUGUGGCGAGCAUUUUGGCUGUCCUCUUAGCUGCGGCAGCCAUUAUAUUCUAUCGUCGUCAUCGUGCACAUAACGGUAAGGCCGGUAAUGGUGUGGCUUUUGAGAAUCCAACGUAUACGCGUGGUCUGGAGCAAGUGCAGCUACCCACAGUGACAUCUGCCAUCACGCAUGCGGGCUCCACCGCCCAACCAGCGCCGCGUGAGGGCAUUGUCAACGAUGCGAAUGCGGACGCGCACACCCAAUGCAACGAAAUAAAUCCAACAAUUUAUGAAGAGCUCAAACUUGGCCAAGAAGGUGCUGGAUUCAAGAAACUUGUGCCAUAAAUGCCAAAAUGUGCAAUAAAACUCAAACACGCACAAACAAACAAACACACACACACACCCACAGAGACACACACUUGUGGAAAAAACCGAGUACACGCACAGUCAACAUAAAAUAAACAAAGCGACAGAAGCCACAGAGUUACAAACAAAUAAAAAAUUGUCUCUCAGCUAACGGUGCAAGCAACAGUUAGCUACCGCAUAGUUCAUACAUACAAACAAACGGAAUAUCAAAGCUAACAAAAAACAUGCACACGCACAUAUACACCCAUAAACUUCCACACACACUCGUAGUUAGCAGCUGUUGGUAUUUGUAUUUGUAAAUUGUAUUGCGUUGUAAUCUGUGCAUUUGACGCUAGCUCGCUCACCUAGGCGUAUACGUAACUUUUAACAUGUAGAACAAAGAAUAAAUUCACUAAAAGAAAAAAAACCAAACAAAUAAGCAGUGAAAAAGCAUUAAAUGCUAUUCAACCAUAAAUUGUGAGAUAUGAAACAUAGUAGUUUUAACUUAAAAUAUAUUAUAACUAAAAUAGUAAAAAAGUCUUAAAAAAAUUCAUGUAUGUAGCUUAGCUUAAAAACAGGAAAACUAAGAAAAUAACCAAACAGAAAAGUACUAUAUGUAUUAAUAAAAAUCUACUUAUAAAUAAAUAAGCAACGUCCACAAAUCGGUUUAUCUCUUUAGCUUAAGUAGCAAGUACAUAUCGUUGCUAUUGUACACGAUAAGAAGCACCUAAACACACACACACAUACACAGCAACACACAAUAGCAACAAAUGUAUGCUUGAAUGUAAGCUUUUUAGCUUCGUUUGUAUAAAAAUGUAAUUUUAUUGUUUAUGAAUUGUAUAUGAAUGUAUUUGCUUU